UUUCUAACCAAUCCAUUUAUUUGUAUUUUGUUCUUUUAUGUCUCAGUACUUUUGCUUGCUCCCUUGCACGUGUCUGCUUCCUGGGCUUGUGUCCGGUUAUGUCCUCCCUCAUGCACCUGUACUCGAGAACGGAACUGUGCUGUUCUUUGCGACCGAUCUGGAUUAUCGCAAGUCCUCAGGGAGUUCCCGUGUGAAGCCUCUGCUAUCAACUUGGAUAAAAACACUAUCAAGUUUUUGUCAGAAAGGGCAUUUGGUACUCUUCCAGCUCUGCGAUCUUUAUCACUAGACCACAAUAACAUCUCCUUCAUCACCCCAGGUGCAUUUAAAGGGCUGCCUAAUCUCACUGAAUUAAAACUGGCACACAAUGAGUACAUUAGGUACCUGCACACCAGAACAUUUACUGGCCUGAAACGCCUACUGAAACUCGAUUUGUCCAACUGCAAUCUAUUUAACAUUCCGGACCGGAUUUUUACAGCAGUCACUACUUUACAGGAGUUGGCAAUGUGGCAGAACAAUUUCAGAAGAAUACCUGGAGCAGUGAGGGGGAUGGAGAGCAUUACCCGUGUGUACUUGGAGCGAAACAGGAUUGAGGCAGUGGCUUACAAUUCUCUACAAGGACUGGUCAGUUUAAAAUAUCUAAACCUUCAGGGUAACAAAAUAGCCGUAAUCCAUGACGGGGGAUUUAAAGACUCUGUAAAACUGGAGUAUCUCUAUCUUAAUGACAAUCUUCUGAACAAUCUUCCAGAGUUUGCAUUUAAAGAACUCGGGCUCUUGAAGAUGCUAAACCUGGGAGGUAAUUCUUUAGUGAAUGUAUCCAGUACUUGGUUUAAUGAGCUUGUUGAGCUAGAAGUUCUCUAUCUGGACAGAAAUGAGAUCACUUACAUUGAAGAAGGGGCUUUUGAAAACCUGACCAGUUUGAUCUCUCUGCAUCUGAACAGCAAUAACCUGACUACACUCUCCCUUUCAGUGUUUCAGCCAGUCUACUUCAUAGGAAGACUCUAUGUGUUCAGGAAUCCAUGGGAGUGUGAUUGCAAGCUGGAGUGGUUGAAGGAAUGGAUGGAAAGCUACAAACUGGUUCGUGAUAUCCCGUGUGCCUCUCCAGAGUCUAUAGCUGGCAUGGACCUAAGUAAAGUCCUCUUCAGCAAAUCCACUCAAGGUGUCUGCUUGGAUCUAGCCGAUCUGAAUGUGACGGCUUACACACCAACUACGCCAGACUAUCCCCGGUCUACCACAGAGGACAGGUUCAGCAGUCUUAUAUCUAGAUUCCUUUUUCCAAAAACGUUGGAUGCUGAAAACACCAUCAAAUUCUUUAGGAAUGUGUCAGACUUGAGUGGAACUGAUGUGGAAGCUGCUGCCAAUGUUGAGCGAUGCCAAAUCAACUUGCACGUUCAAAUCCUCGUGACAGUUAUUAUAAUAUUAUUUUAUAUUAUAUGAUGGUAUUUAUGUGUGCAUUCUGCAGAUUCUGUAUUUACUACAGUUCAUGGAAGUCCAGAGGGACAAGGCUGGAGUCGGAUGUAAUUCAUCCCAAUGCUCUGUGUCCCUUAAAAUAAACAAGAACAUUCUACA